AUGCCAGUCCCGCGUCUAGAACUCACCCCACGUUCAAGUCCAGGCAGUGUGCCCACCACAGAUAUCCAACAAUACUACCUAGGAUAUGACUUGACCAAGUUAGCAGGCUUCAUCAGCGACGCUCCUCCGAAUCUGCUAUACAACAUCAUGUCUACUGCAACGGAAGUCGAACUAAGAGCACUCCUCGCCACCGUCAACCCACUGGAACAACGACUCCAGCCCAGCAUACUCAUGAUCUCUACUUGCAUGCGCAUCACCCGCUGGCUUGAAAACUGUAGUGAAAGCGGGGCGAUAAGCAAGGACGUUGUUCCUUGCGCUCUCUUCCUGCUUCUGAAGGUACGAGUCUUGAACCGCAGUAUGCAGACUUAUGAUGAGACUAUCAGGCUAGGUGUCGCGAUCAAAAUCGCGUAUGGCAAUAUCUGCGACGGCGCAAUAUGGCGUAGGACAAUGGAAUACCUUUUGGAUAAGCCAUUUUAUCUUAUUCAAGAGACUGAGCUUGCGUUUCUAUAUGACCUAGACUGGAGGUCUUGGGCCUUGGCUCUCCAAGCACGCAACGAUUCUCGUCAAAUUCAUCUGAAAACCAAUACUAUCGAUAUUGCGAAUACCUCCUACGCGAACCAUGUGCGAAGUGUGAAGUUACCUUCAGGAAGGACUUACCGCUACGUGUUCUCUCCACCGUCAGAGUCUGACAAACCCUAUCUGCUUUUCGUACAUGGCUUUCCGGACUCGUCUUAUGGCUGGGCGAAUCAAAUUGAGUACUUCAUCCAGCAUGGCUAUGGAGUAAUCGCAUCAGAUAUGCUAGGCUAUGGCGGUACAGACAAGCCAGAUGACUUGGAGAGUUAUCGACUGGAUAAUGUGGGUCCCGAACUAGUGAACCUGUUAGAUCGUGAGGGAGUAAGCCAGGUUGUGGCUAUAGGAAAUGACUUGUAA